GUGUCUGUAUGUAAAUCUACUAUAUGUCUAUGUGGCAGGAUGUUGUCUACAUUUGUGUUUGAUGUUAAUCUUUCAGAGGAAAUGGAGGAAGAAGAAGCAGACUAUGUUAACAUAUCAUCCAGGACUGGGGAUAAAAAAGUGGCAGCUCGUCUAAACCAGAGGUCUCGCUGCUUCUCUCAGUCUUUUCUACCCAUAGCAGUGUGUUGGCUGAUACUCUUGGUCAUCAUGGGCCUCUGUAUCUACUUUACCAAUCGCAUCCUCAACGACAAAAUCAGCGUCUUAGAAAACCAGAUCACAAACCUGACCGCAGUCAACCAGGAGCUGGAGACAUGGAGGGACAACGUGAUAGGACAAACCAAAAACAUGGAGACAACCUGGAACAAACUCAACGUCAGUCAAGCUAAGUGGACUCUUGAUUUCUACUGCCACAGAGAAAACCAAGAGAGACGGUGUAGAGCGUGUCCUCAGGGCUGGGAACUCUUCGGGUCCAGCUGCUAUCUGAUUCAUCCGUCUGACGGGAAAACCUGGGAGGACGCUCGAGAAGACUGCAGAGGACAGGGUUCAGAUUUGGUUGUUGUACACGAUGAAGAUGACCAGAAUGUCCUCACGUAUGUCAAUAGGUACAUCUACGGGUCCUGGGUCGGUCUGAGGGCUGAAGGGGGGACAUGGAAGUGGAUCGAUGGAAGUGGUCUGACUGAAAGGUGAGAGACACUUUGAAUCAGAAAAAGAGGCUUAAGACAUGUCUGAUUAACCAAACUUUAUUAUUAUUAUUACCAUUUUAUUUAACCCUCGUCUCGUCUUACUGUCAAAAUAGAAAAUCAAC